AUGGCAACCACGACGUGGAUGCACCACGCCGCCAGGUCGGUGCAGGGCUCCCACGUGUUCGAGAUCUCAGGGUACAGCCUGCACCGGGACGUGCUCUGUGCUUACGCCAAUGUACCAUCGGCUGUCUUCCGCGUCGGCGGUUACCAAUGGCAGAUUGCAGUCUACCCUGGAGGAAUCUUCGAGUAUUACAAAGACUACCUGUCGGUCUAUGUCUAUCUAGUGAGCAAGAACGUCGUCACCAGGGUGAGGGCAUCCGUUCAGUUAAGUCUGGUGGACGUCACCAGAUCUUCGCCGCCGCAUACGAUGACAACGGAAAUCGAUUGCACCUCCGGCUGCAAUUCAUUUUGUGGCAUUCACCAGUUCAAGAAAAGGAGCAAGCUGGAGGGAUCGCCUUACCUUCGUGACGACCGCCUCACCAUUGAGUGCAUCAUCACUCUUGACAAGGAAUCGCUGAUCCAAUCUUCUGUCGAAGUGUCACUGCCGCCAUCCGAUAUCAUAGAUCAUCUUCAGAAACUGCUGCAGGCGAAAGAGGGCACCGACGUGAUUUUCGAGGUUCAAGGAGAGGUUUUUCCUGCCCACAGAACGGUGCUCGCCAUGCGGUCACCGGUCUUCAAAGCAGAGCUGUAUGGCCCGAUGAGAGAAAAGGACAUGAGUCGCAUUACCAUCAGUGACAUGCAACCCGCUGUCUUUGAGAUCCUGCUCCACUUCAUAUACACUGAUUCCCUGUCCACCCCGGAUGAUCUUGGUCACGAUGAGUACGAAGAGACAAUCAUGCAUCUGCUUGUCGCCGCGGAUCGGUAUGCCAUGGAAAGGCUCAAGAUGAUAUGUGAAGACAUCCUCCGUAGCAACAUUAACACUAGUGGAAAACGGGCAAGCUGCGGCGGGCGGCCUGGUACAGGUAUCGACCACCGGAUGUCUCGUGCAUGGGACUUUGCCUUCUACAUGGAGGUUUAG